AUGAAUUCAGAACCUUCGAAUAUUGAAGAAGCGAUAAAUUCAUUGUCAUAUGAACAGCAACUAAAACACCCGUCACCGAAUGUUAAAGAGGAAGCUCUGUAUGAUGAUCUCGACCAAAGUGAAUACACUGAAGAAGAGGAGAUAAAUGUGUUAUGUUCAAGCUCUAUGCCUGUUUAUCCGACACUUGAAAUUCCUGUCGAUUUUACAAUACCCAAAACACCAGUGGAUAAUAACGAGGAGUUUACAAUGAGCAAAGAAUCAGAAGAUAAGAAUGAAGAUAUACUCAAAGCACCGGUGGUUAAGAAAGAAGAUUCUACAAUAUCCAAAACAACAUUGGAUAAGAAUGAGGAGUUUACAAUAAGCAAUUCAUUAGUAGAUAAGAAUGAAGAUAUACCCAAAGCACCGGUGGAUAAGAAUGAAGAUUCUACAAUAUCUAAAACACCAGUGGAUAAGAAUGAAGAUUCUACAAUACCAGUAAAUAAGAACGAAGAUUUUGCAAUAAGUAUAGCAUUAGAAGAUAAGAAUGAAGACGUUACAAUGACGGAAAAGUAA